AUGACACUUGACGAACCAGAGCCAAAUCCCGCGGCCGAUCACAUCUUAGAAUGGCUAGAAGGAUCAUUAUCAUACUUCCCAUCAUUUUUUGAUGAUCCAUAUGAUGCCACAGAUUUCAGCGCUGAUUCGUGGUGGAUUCAAACUCAAUGUCUAGAUCAAGAACCAAUCAAUAACAGUCCUGCCUCUUUCAGUAACUCUAUUGCUACAACUGCCACCACCACAAUCACCACAAAACCAAUGAACUCCUCCGUAGUUUCCAAUCAGCCAAUGCCACCUGAUUUGCCCAAGAAGCGGAAAUUACCUGAUGAUUUGAAGCCCAAUAUAUCGCAAAGCUCCCGGAAGAAUCAGAAUCCUCGGAUCAAUGAGGCUGAUGUCGGGGGUGUAAUUACUGGACAAGGGGUGCCACCUAGAAAAACAGCUGCAAACAAAAAGACAACGGGCAAGUCAGCUGUAAAUAAUAACAACGGUAAUAACAAAGAAGGAAGGUGGGCAGAACAAUUGCUCAAUCCUUGUGCUGCUGCUGUCGCUGCCCGAAAUCCUUCCCGUGUCCAACACUUCUUGUAUGUUCUACAGGACCUGUCCUCCCUGACAGGUGAUGCUAACCACCGGCUAGCCGCUCAUGGGCUCCAAGCACUGAAACACCACCUAUCCUACCCUUGCAUCUCCUCUGCACCUGCAGGGUCUACUACUUUUGCUUCUAGCAACCCAAAAUUCUUCAGAGAUUCUCUGAUCAAAUUCAAUGACAUCAACCCAUGGUUUCGUAUUCCCAACAACGUUGCAAACACUUCAAUACUCCAAAUUCUCGCAGAACAGGGUUGCUCAAGUAAUCUUCACAUCGUUGACAUUGGAGUUUCUCAUGGUGUUCAAUGGCCAACACUCCUCGAAGAGUUAACUCGAAGAUCAGGUGGUCCACCUCCCUUAGUUCGCCUGACAGUUGUCGCUCCUGAUGACAACAAUCAAUCAAGAAGUACUCCAUUUGCAAGUGGCCCACCAAACUACGACUUCUCUUCCCAACUCCUUGGCUUUGCCAAGAGCAUAAACAUUAACUUACAGAUCAACAGACUCGAAAACAUCCCACUGCAGAACCUGAAUUCUCAAGUUCUUAACUCAUCAGCAGAAGAAAUCUUGGUCAUUUGUGCACAAUUUAGCCUCCACAACCUAAACCACAAUAUUCCAGAUGACAGAACUGAGUUCUUGAGAGUACUAAGGAGCAUGGAGCCCAAAGGAGUUGUUCUUAGCGAAAAUAACACAGAUUGUAGCUGCAACAACUGCGGGGAUUUUGCAACAGGAUUCUCAAGGCGAGUGGAAUACUUGUGGAGAUUUUUGGACUCCACCAGUGUAGCAUAUAAAGGGCGUGAAAGUGACGAAAGAAGAAUGAUGGAAGCAGAGGCAGCAAAGGCAUUGACAAAUGUAGGGGAGAUGAACGAGAGUAAAGACAAAUGGUGUGAGAGGAUGAGAAAUUCUGGCUUCGCUUUGGAACUCUUUGGAGAGGAGACCAUCGAUGGAGCCAGGGCAUUACUGAGGAAGUAUGACAGCAAUUGGGAAAUUAGAACAGAAGAGAGAGAUUACUGUGUCUGCCUUUGGUGGAAAGGACAGCCAGUAUCAUUUUGUUCGUUAUGGAAACCUUGUGACAGUUGA